UAAUAAUAAUAAUAAUAAUAUCGUUUAUCGAGCACUUUGUCACUGCACUCUCUUGUCGCUACUACAAAGUUUAAACUGUCUACAGUUGCUAUCCAGCAGCAGUCCGUCGGUCUUUCGUCGUUUUGCAUUUUUCCCUCUACCUGGACCUGGAGAAUAACAUCUAGUCGUGGUCUGCAUCCCACAUCCCGUCACCCAGCAACUUGCGUGCCGUUAGAUCUUCUUAACGGUCGAUCAUAGCGCAAUUACAAUGUUGAUGAUCGCUCAUACGAACGCAGUAAGUGCGCCAUGUAAUCGUUUGGUACCAUGAAUGCAUUCCAAACAAUUACAACGAUCGGCUUAUAUACGUCCGUAGGUAACAUACAUCCGCAACUGUCAUCUAGGUGUCCCGGCUUGGUGACUGUUUGGUUUUUCGAUGGCCCUUCUCGUAUGUCAUAGUUUAUACUAGGAUGACAAUGCUAUUCGGUUAAUCUAUACAAAUUCUCUACAAUUCAUAUCGAGUACAUCGAUUCUUAUAUUAUCUGUAACAUUGGCCAGUAUGAGAAAUGUGAUGAGUUUCAUUCAACUGAUUGUGUUGUUUCUGCCGUUUGCGUUAUCUGCAAGUCCAAAUUGGAUGUAUUUAGGUAUAAUAGGAAUACCACCGCCUCUUCAACAACAACAAGCAUCACCAGGCUCAGAGAUCGAGGAUCCCGAAAUAGUUCAAGCCCGAGCUGUUUGUAGUGCUUUACCUGGGUUAGCAUCAAAACAGGUGGAUGUGUGCAUGAAACAUCCAAAUGCUAUAUACUCAGUUUCCGAUGGAGCUAAAAAAGCCAUCGAACAGUGUCAACUUCAAUUUCGUCAUGAACGAUGGAAUUGUUCAGUUAUGGAAAAUGAACAAAGUGUAUUCGGUCCUACACUGGACAAAGGUAGUAAAGAGACAGCUUUCAUAUAUGCUAUCACCAGUGCAGGAGUAGUGUAUUCAAUUACAAAUGCAUGCAGUUCCGGUAGAUUAACUGAAUGCAGUUGCGACUCUAUGCAACAUGGUCAAACGACACCUGAAGGAUGGAAAUGGGGAGGUUGCAGUGAUAAUUUGCGUUUUGGAUUGCAAUUCUCUCGAAAAUUUGUUGAUGGUUCUGAACCCAAUCGCCCAGAUAAUUUCAAAACCACAAAACAGAAGAGAAUCUGGUCCAAUCGCCUCAAAAUGAACUUGCACAACAAUGAAGUAGGCAGACAGAUUGUAAUGUCAUUAAUGAAAAUGCAUUGUCGUUGUCAUGGUGUGUCAGGAUCAUGUGAACUAAAAACCUGUUGGAAAUUUAUGCCAUCGUUCAAUGAGAUUGGCAAUGAACUUAAACAAAAAUAUGGAAAAGCUAUUCUUAUAAAUCAUGCUGUGAACGAUUCACAAAAGAAAAAUAGUACAAUACACAAGAAAAGAGAGCCCAGAGCUUUAAAGAGACUAAAGAAACGAAUGUUAAUUGAAUCAAAAGAAUUGGUGCAUAUACAAAAGUCUCCGAACUAUUGUAAGCAAGACUUUGAAAACGGAGUACUUGGUACAGAAGGGCGUAAGUGCAAUAUUACAUCAACUGGACCAGAUUCUUGUAAUAAGCUAUGUUGUGGUCGUGGUUAUAUCACUGAGGUUGUGAAGGAAGAAGAACACUGCAAUUGCAAAUUUGUUUGGUGCUGUUACGUUAAAUGCGAUAUAUGCUACAAAAACAUUGAACAAAAAUCUUGUAAAUAAAUACAUGGGAUUGAACGGUGUACUUGGAAUUAAAUUUUUUAUGAUUGCUUCAAAAGAAAUCUCUAGUCUGUUCUUAUGUAUAAAUGCCAGUUUGCAUUCAAUUAAUAGACAUAAUAUAUACAGUAAAACCUCCUUAUAACAAAUGGACUCCCUCUACAAAAAAAAUCUCCUUAUUACUGAAAACAGCAACAGUCCUGUAUAACCUAUAUCCUGUAUAUUUUAGUCUCCUUUUAAUGGAAAAACCAGUGGUUCAGAGUGAUUCUGUUAUAAGGGUGUUUUACUGUAACUAAUUUUCAAAUACAUAUCAAUAAUAAUUAAAAUCAAGCACAUACUAUAACGUUCAGAAUAUUUUUAUCCUAUUUUUACGUUUCCGAUUUCCCUAAUGAAACUAUUCACACACGUCUUCCACAACUGAUUAACUGUCGCUUGCACUCGCAUACUCUGUAGUAUUCGAAAGCACAUCAUGUAGCAUUUAGGGUAUUAUAUAUUUAUAUUUAGUAUUAAAAUGUAAUGAUAUUUAAGAGUGUAAUAUUAUUCCUUCAUAUAUUAAAUUAUUAUUCAACUAUAA